AUGUCUUUCCUUCAUAAUCAUUCUUGCGAGUGCGUUAAGUCAGAAUUGGAUUUGUUUGCACUACCGUCUACACAAACUAGCAUUGAAAAUGGAUUGUGGAUUCAUUAUAAACCAAUUUCAUCUCUUGGUGAUGAUGGACCUAUCGAGUUUCAAGUUCCUGGGACCGGCGAUGACUACAUAGAUUUGUCUCAUACAUUACUCCACAUAAAAGCAAAAGUAUUAAAUCAAGAUUCAACUAACUUGGUAUCUACUACAAUAGUAGCACCUGUAAAUAAUUGGCUGCAUUCACUUUUUAGUCAACUUGAUGUUUAUUUAAACCAAAAACUUGUAUCACCACCUAAUAAUACCUAUGCAUAUCGAGCAUACAUGGAAACCCUUUUAAACUAUGCCCCUGCUGCUAAACAAUCUCAUCUUACUUGUAGUCUUUGGUAUGAGGAUACAGCAGGAAAAAUGGAUUCUACAGAUGGUAAAAACAUAGGAUUUGUUAAAAGACAGGAAUUGAUUAGUGAAAGUAAGGAAAUAGAAAUGAUUGGUCAUCUUCACGGUGACAUUUUUAACCAAGAUAAAUUUUUAAUUAAUGGUGUUGAAAUGAGUGUUAAAUUGGUUCGAUCAAGAGAGAGUUUUAAUUUAAUUGUUGGGUCAAACGAUGUAAAGUUUAAAGUUUGCAUUACGGACGCAACUCUUAUUGUUCGACGAGCACGAAUUAAUCCAAGUGUAUUACUCGCACAUCAAAAAGUUUUAGCUUCUACCACUGCUAAAUAUCCUAUUACUCGAGCUGAAGUAAAAGUUUUAACAAUUCCUUCGGGUGUUCAAGGAAAAACUCUUGAUAAUAUAUUUUUAGGACAGGUACCGAAAAGAUGUAUAAUUGGAUUUGUGAACAAUUCUGCAUUUAAUGGUUCCCUUACUAAAAAUCCAUUUAACUUUGAAAACUAUGGUAUUAAUUCUUUCAGCUUAUAUAUUGAUGAUCAACAAAUACCUUCAAAAGCUUUGCAACCAUCUUUUAAUAAUAGCAUAUUUACAUCAGCAUAUCAUACUCUAUUCUCGGGAACUGGUAUUCACUUUCUUAAUGAAGGAAAUGGAAUCUCUUGUGAACAGUAUGGCAAAGGUUACUGUCUAUUAGCAUUUGACUUAACUCCUGAUGUAUCAGCUAACUCAUCAACUCAUUGGAAUCUCAUAAAGCAUGGUAGUGUAAGAAUAGAAGUACGAUUUGAAUCCUCAUUAAUACAAACAAUUAACUGUAUAGUUUAUGCUGAGUUUGAUAAUAUUAUUGAGAUAGAUAAAAACAGAAAUGUUACUGUAGACUAUAGUAGUUAA